AGAAGGUUCAUCCAAAUUAUUGUUAUUGUUUUUCACUUCCCUAUAAAAAAAACAACCAUCAAUGUAGUAUUAUUGAUAAAAAAGUUGUUUUUAAUCGUAUUCAAACAACGCAAAUAAACAAUUAAUGUGAAUAAAAAUUCAGUGCAAAAGUGAAGAACAACAACAAAAUAUUUCUUUGUUCGUCAGUGAAAAAUAAACUAACAAGAGAACUUCAAAAACUUUUUUUGGUAAUAGAAGAAAAUAAACUCCUUAAAAAACGGCGGGAAUUGUGGGAUAAAUUUUAUUUGUGGAACACUUCCAUUAUUAGGCAUUUAUAGUUAAAAAAUUAUUGAUCUCUUAAAUUUGUCUGUUCACUUGUGUGUUUGUGUAACACAAAAGUAUGCGACAGAUUCUGUUUUUACUUUUUAUCCUUUUAACAAUAUUUCAUGUUGGUCAAGGCUUCUGGCCGUUUUCACGUAAAAAAUCUGCUGCUUCCAUUAAGCCUAAAGAAGAAAAACGCUUGUCACCGGUGAUAUUGGUUCCCGGUGAUGGUGGAAGUCAAGUAGAUGCUAAACUAAAUAAAUCUUCAUCUCCUAUAUGGUGUGCCAGUAAAUCGGAUUGGUUUAAUCUAUGGCUUAAUUUGGAACUAAUAGUCAUACCAGCUGUGUAUUGUUGGGUUGAUAAUGUUAAAUUGUAUUAUGACAAUAUAACACGUACAACACAUAAUACACCUGGUGUUGAGAUACGUAUACCCGGAUGGGGUGAUCCAGAGGUAGUAGAAUGGAUAGAUCCUACACAUAAUAAGGCUGGUGCUUAUUUUAAGGAUAUUGCCAAUAUGUUGGUAGAUAUGGGCUAUGAAAGAAGAAAAAAUCUUCAUGGAGCUCCUUAUGAUUUUCGCAAAGCACCAAAUGAACAUAAACAAUUCUUUAUUGAUUUAAAGAAGCUAGUUGAAGAUACCUACGAGGCUAAUUAUCAAACACCUGUAACAUUUAUAACACACAGCAUGGGUAGUCCCAUGACAUUGGUAUUUCUAAGACAACAAACCAUUGAAUGGAAAGAUAAAUAUGUGGCAAGACAAAUAAGUUUGGCCGGUGCUUGGGCUGGUAGUAUAAAAGCUUUAAAAGUCUUUGCCAUGGGUGAUGAUCUUGAUUCGUUUUUCCUUAGUGGUAAAAUUUUAAAAGCUGAACAAAUUACAAAUCCCUCAUCGGCCUGGCUUUUGCCGUCGCCUCUAUUUUGGAAAAGUUCUGAAGUUUUAGUAGAGACACCAUCACGUGUUUAUACUAUGGCUCAAAUGCAGGAUUUUUUCAAUGAUAUUGGUUAUCCGACAGCAUGGGAAAUGCGUAAAGAUACCUUGCCAUAUACUAUCAACUUUAGUCCUCCAGGUGUUGAGCUGCAUUGUCUUUAUGGUGAUGGUUUGGAUACGGUAGAGAGAUUACGCUACAAAAAAGAUGACGUAAGUGAUGAUACACCCAAAUUAAUAAUGGGUAUUGGAGAUGGUACCGUUAAUAGACGUUCCCUGCAAGCUUGUCAUCACUGGGCUGGUUAUCAAACUUCGAAUAUAUCAACCUUAGCUUUAAGUGGUGUCGAUCAUAUGGGUAUUCUAAUCAAUAAAGAUGUUUUUAAUUAUAUUAAAAAUGUUUUAAAAUUAUAGAAAUUAGAACUUAAGAAAAAAAAAAUCGAACAAACCUUUUUGAACUCAGACACAAAUUUUAUUGUAAUUAGUUUUUCUUAUUUUUAUGUAGUAGUAAAAUAAUACAGGUCGACAAAAUAUAAACAAAAUGAAACCCUGAGAUCAUUUUAGACAUUUCGAAAAGAUUAAGCAGUGCUCAAUUUAAAUCUGGCUUUCAGAUGUCAUAAAAGAUUUGCUAGAUAGACAUGUCAUGGCGUUAUUAUUGCGUCUGAACAAAAGGCCAAAUUUAGCGGGAGUCUUUUCUUUAGAAAAGUAUACUUUGGUCUCUGGAUUAAACCUGUGUCUGGCCUGUGUUUGAAUUUAAAUAAUUAACAAUCGGUGAUGUAUCACUAUAUGUUGUAGUUUUUGUUUUGAAUAAUACAUUAUAAGUUGUGAGUCUGAUUGUUUCUUUUAAUGUAAUUUUAAUAAAAUUUUUUUUAAUGAUAUUGGGUUUAUAAUUUUUAAUUAUCUAAGAAUCUUUAUGUAAUAUAACUUCUUUAUAUUUUUUAAAUAAAUACAUUUUAAUUUAAAUUUUAAA